AUGCUCCUCACCUGGACUUGGCUGCUGGCUCUGAUGUUCCUGGCAGGGCAGGGGGAGGCCCAGAGCUGCAAGCCUGACCUGCAAGGCAUUGUCCGCAACCUGGCCAGCGGCCGCCCAGCCUGCCAGUCCUCCGUCGUCUCGCAUCCCCUGAUUCCAUCAGCAAGCAAAGCCGUAGACGGGAAUUGUGACGGGGACUUUGCUCGCGCCUCCUGCACCCUCACCAAGUUUGAGAAAGAGCCGUGGUGGCGUGUAGACUUGGGCGAUCAGUAUGCCAUCACCACCGUGGUGCUAAAAAGCUGCCUGGACUGCUGGUGCGAGAGCCUCCAGGGAGCUGAGAUCCACGUGGGAAAUUCCAUUGCUGACCAUGGCAAGUCCAACCCCCUCUGUGGAAACGUUACAGACCCCAUACAUGGUUCCAUCAGUACCAUCUUCUGCCAAAAGCUCAAGGGCCGCUACGUAAGCGUGAACCUCCCCGGACGCCGAGCUGCCCUGAGCCUGUGUGAGCUGGAGGUCUAUGGGACAAAGCCGGGGGCUAAGAUGCUCCUCGCCUGGACUUGGCUGCUGCCCCUGGUGCUUCUGGCGGGGCGUGGGGAGGCCCAGAGCUCCGAGCCUGACCUGGAAAGUACCACUGUUGCUCCAGCUCUCAACUUGGCCAGAGGCCGCCCAGCCUGUCAGUCCUCCACUAUGUGGCAUACAAAAGAUCCGUCAGCCGGCAAAGCUGUCGAUGGGAACUCUGACGGGGCCUUUUUUCACGGCUCCUGCACCCAUACCAUCUCUGAAGAUGGACCGUGGUGGCAUGUGGACUUGGGCGAUCGGUAUGCUAUCUCCUCUGUGGUGGUGACAAACCGUGCAGACUGCUGCAGCAAUAGACUCGUGGGAGCCCAAAUCCGUGUGGGAGACCAUGUGAUCGACCAUGGCAAGUUCAACCCCCUCUGUGGGGUCAUCACAGAUUUUCGUCUUGGCUCCAUCAGUACCUUCCAUUGCCAGGGGAUGAAGGGUCGCUAUGUGAGCGUGAAUCACCCCGGAGAACCAGCUACCCUGACGCUGUGUGAGGUGGAAGUCUAUGGGACAAAGUUGGAGGAUGAAAAUGCUGCCACAUCAGUGGUACUCGGCACCUGCACCCACACCCAGCUGGACAAGGAGCCCUGGUGGCACGUGGACUUGGGUGAGCAGUUUGCCAUCUCCGCUGUGGUGGUGAAGAACCGUGGGGACUGCUGCGGCAAGAGACUCCAGGGAGCCGAGAUCCGCGUGGGAGACUCCGUGGCAGACCGUGGCAAGUCCAACCACCUCUGUGGGACCAUCACAGACACCAGCCUUGGCUCUGUCAGCACCUUGUACUGCAAUUGGCUCAAGGGUCGCUACGUGAGCAUCCAUAUCCCGGGCCGGGCCGAAUAUUUGACCUUGUGCGAAGUGGAGGUCUAUGGCACAAAGGCAGAAGACCAGUGCUAGGGAUUGGCAGUCUCUGCAUGUGUGCGAGGGGAGCAAGCAGGGGUGGUGAAAUAAAAAAUGAU